UUUUGAAUGACUUCAAAUGUUCGAAAGUAAAAACACGAGAACUUAUGUCGAGACGAUUUAGGUGUGAUUGUUGAUGGGCUCUUUCUCGCUAUAUAAGUGCAAUCCAUCAAUCAUACCACCAUCCAACAUGACUUCCAUGGAUUCCCUCCCUCAUGUCUUCCUCGUCAGCUUCCCCGGCCAAGGCCACAUCAACCCCAUGCUCCGCCUCGGCAAAAAACUAGCCGCCACCGGCCUUCUUGUCACGUUCUCCACCACCGCCAACGCCGGUCACAGAAUGAAAAACGCCGGCAGCAUCUCCGACGACCCAACGCCUCUUGGCAAUGGCUUCCUCCGCUUUGAAUUCUUCGACGACGGCCUCACCGACACCAGCCCCGCCAUCUCCUUCGACCAAUACAUGCCGCAGCUCCGGCGACUAGGCGAAAUUUCACUUCUCCAAAUCUUGAAAAACCAAACCAAAGAAAACCGAACGGUCGCCUGCGUUAUUGGCAACCCUUUUGUGCCUUGGGUGUGUGACGUGGCCGACCACCUCGGAAUCUCCUCCGCCGUCUUAUGGGUCCAAUCAUUGGCUGUCUUAUCCAUUUAUUAUCACCAUUUUCAUGGCUCUGUCCCCUUCCCAUCUGAAACCCAACCAAAUCUCGACGUUCAGCUGCCUUGUUUGCCACUUUUGAAGUACGAUGAAAUCCCGAGCUUCUUGCUUCCAAACGACAUUUAUCAUACAAUUGGGAAGACUAUUUUGGAUCAAUUUUCGAACCUCUCGAACCCCUUUUGUAUAUUGAUCGACACUUUCGAAGAGCUCGAGGCUGAGAUCGUUGAAUACAUGUCGAAAAUUUUUCCCAUUAAGACGGUGGGGCCGUUGUUCAAGAAUUGUAAUGAAAUCAAAACUAGUAUUUCUGGUGAUUGCUCGAGAAUUGAUGAAUGUAUGGAGUGGCUUGACUCGAAGCCAAAAGGGUCGGUGGUUUACGUGUCGUUUGGAAGCGUGGUGUAUUUGAAACAAGAACAGGUUGAUGAGAUUGCUUAUGGACUCUUGAAUUCUGGGUUUUGUUUCUUGUGGGUUUUGAAACCUCCGGCUUCAAAUCUCGAGGUCAAGCACCACGUUCUUCCCAAAGAGUUCAUGGAAGAGGCCGGCGAGAGAGGGAAGGUGGUUCAAUGGAGUCCACAAGAACGAGUACUAUCACACCCAUCGGUGGCAUGUUUCAUGACGCAUUGUGGAUGGAACUCGUCCGUGGAGGCGAUAAGCUCCGGCGUGCCGGUGGUGGCGUUUCCGCAAUGGGGGGAUCAGCUCACCAACGCCAAGUUUCUCGUCGAUGUUUUCGGCGUCGGUCUCCGCCUGUCUCGUGGAGUCGGAGAAGACAGGGUAAUCAAAAGAGAUGAGAUUGAGAAGUGCCUGAGAGAAGCCAUGGAAGGACCCAAGGCGGUGGAGAUAAAACAGAAGGCUGUGGAGCGGCAAAUGGCGGCGGAGAAGGCGGUGGCUGAAGGUGGGUUCUCCGACAGAAAUUUCAAACACUUCAUUGAUGAGAUUAGGAAACGGUCUAUUGGUUGUGGUGAGAGAUUCCAUGUCACUUGUCCCUCUACUACCUAGAAAAUUACAAACGUUCAAGCAUCAUGUUUUUUUGGUUUUUUUUUUUGUUUUUAGUU